GUCCUCACCUCUGCACCUGAUUGGCCAGUCCAGAGCUACUCGGCUCCUGAUUGGUUGCAUGUGUAAUGCCUUUGCUCCCUUUAUUAGCAUUUGGGAUUUUCUCUGGAGGUGCGUUGUCGGUAAGUUUGCGGUGCGGCGUGAGGUCCGAGGUUCUCCUGCUCACGGUGUUGAGAGAACUGAGGCGCAGCUCGGUUCUGCAGGGUUCUGCUGGGUUCUCCCUCAGUGGGAAUGUGUGUGUUCAUCUGGAGAGGGUUUGGGGAUGACUGUAGCGCCACUUGCGCCAUGUAGACGCUCCGUUUUCGCUGCGUGUGCGCCGGGUUUCCUCUCAGGAUGUUCUGUGCCAAACUGAAGGAGCUGAAAAUUUCGGGUGAGUGUCCUUUCUCAGUGCCGGUUAGAAAUGCAGAAGCGGAGGAGAGAGGAGAUGGAGAGGAGGGAGAGGAGAGCCGAGCUCAGCUCUCUGAACACGUCGCAAACGUCGCUCCGAGACGCAAAACGAGUCGGAAUAAAGUUAAUCUGCAUUCACUGGGAGAGAGCGUCCGCAAACUGGUGUGUCCCGAGUUUGAGAAACUGCGAACUGCGAUGUCCAGAGUGAUGAAACAGCAGUCGCACUCCACAUGUCCUCAACACAGCACAGAUGUUUAUCAGCUUCUGGACAAACCUGAACACUUGCUGGAUGUCAUGAAGAGUUACUCAGUGAAAACAGGAAUUCCCAUGGACUCUCUGAAGCUCGCUCUGGGCUCUGAGGUUUUCUGUGACUGCUAUGAAGAAGAUGGUCACGUGCUCCGUGUGGUGGGCGGAGCCCUACAUGACUUCCUGAACAGCUUCAACGUUCUCCUGAAGCAGAGCGCCCAGCCCACAGCCGACGCUCCCCGUCACGUGUGCCAGGCCUCUGUGCUGUGCUUGGACAAAGACCCGGGUCUCCUGACAGUCUACUACUUCAACCCUCACUCCACCACUGAGCUCUUCUUCCCAGGCAUCAUCAAGGCGGCGGCUCACUUCCUGUACGGCAUCAACGUGGAUGUCAAGAUGGACUCGGAGCUAAAAGAGGGUGGGGCUCUCCAUGACAACCAUCAGCCCCACCUUUUGUACUCCAUUGUGGUGAGAGAUGCCAGGAGCCUGACGCCCAGCCCCAUGAGGACACACUCGUCCGGUCAAAUCCCAAUGUCGCUGCUCUACUCCACCUUCCCCUUCCACAUCCUGUUAGAUCAGGACAUGGCAGUGCUGCAGAUGGGAGACGGGCUGAGGAGGCGAUUAUGGCGUGGCAGGGAGGGGCAGAGGAGGCCAGGCUUUGAGGAGCACUUUGUGAUUGUGAUGCCUGAGAUCCAGGCAGACUUCCAGGGAAUCCUCACCAUGCUGAACACACAGUUCAUCCUGAGGGUAAAGCAGCAUGGAGCUAGCACUGCUGCCGGCUACGGGAAGCACAUGGACCUUAAGGGUCAGAUGAUCUUCAUGUCCGAGUUGAAUGCCGUGCUGUUCCUGGGCUCGCCCUGUGUGGACCGUCUAGAAGAGCUGACAGGGCGUGGCCUCUACCUGUCCGACAUCCCGAUUCAUAACGCUCUGCGUGAUGUGGUGCUGGUGGGUGAGCAGGCGAAGGCGCAGGACGGCCUGAAGAAGCGUCUGGGGAAAGCGAAAGCAGCUCUGGAACAGGCUCACCUGGCCCUCGAGGAGGAGAAGCGCAAAACUGUUGAGCUGCUCUUCACCAUCUUCCCCGGGAACGUGGCCCAGCGGCUGUGGCAGGGGCUCCCGGUGCAGGCCAAGAAGUUCGACGCCGUCACAGUGCUGUUCUCUGACAUCGUGGGUUUCACUGCUAUCUGCUCCCGCUGCACGCCCAUGCAGGUGGUGGACAUGCUGAGCGCUCUGUACACGCGUUUCGACCGGCACUGCGGAGAACUCGAUGUCUACAAGGUGGAGACGAUCGGAGAUGCGUACUGCGUUGCUGGAGGUUUACAUAAGGACAGUCCGACCCACGCUGUACAGAUCGCUCUGAUGGCCUUGAAGAUGAUGGAGCUCUCCGAUGAGGUCACAACCCCCAUGGGCGAGGUCAUCAAGAUGCGGAUUGGUGUUCAUUCAGGCUCAGUUCUGGCGGGCGUGGUCGGGGUGAAGAUGCCUCGCUACUGUCUUUUCGGAAACAACGUCACUUUAGCCAACAAGUUUGAGUCCUGCAGCCUGCCGAGGAAAAUCAACAUCAGUCCUACAACCUACAGGCUGCUAAAAGAUUGUCCUGAGUUCACGUUUAUCCCACGCUCCAGAGACGACCUUCCACCCAACUUCCCGUUGGACAUUCCGGGUAUUUGUUACUUCCUGGAGGCGUCCAGCAGCAGGACGAGCGACACCGGGGUAAAUUGUUUCCCCGCCGUGAUGAACAGUGUACAGUAAGGUACAGCAUGUGGAGCUGAGCCGGCAGUAGCACGUUCUCCAGCAAUGGGACUGUUUAAAAAGCUGGGGAGUGAUCAGUGCUUACAGAGUCACGGCAAAGUGCCCCGUGUUUAACCCACGGAGUAGAUAGCUUCCUGCACUUUAAUAAAGCUCUGUGUGACUGAUCUUCCUCAGAGAUCAUCUGCAGUGUUUAAGUCAAAGCCACGACUUCAGCUUUAGAGACUUAGUCAUGAGCAUCAGAACACAAGGGAUUAUUUACAUACUGUACACAAAGCCGGCGUGAUCACAUUAACGUAGUAUUUAUUCACUCACAAACUGAGAAUCACAGCACGGCGUAGCGAACACGGCGUAGCGAACACGGCGUAGCGAACACGGCGUAGCGAACACGGCGUAGCGAACACGGCGUAGCGAACACGGCGUAGCGAACACGGCGUAGCGAACACGGCGUAGCGAACACGGCGUAGCGAACACGGCCCUGACUUCACACCGGAUCAGUUUUACACCUGCUCAUGUGUUAAUGUCUUUAUUUACUCUCGUGCCAUUUUAUUCUGGAAAGUUCUUUUACCUGCUGUCUGUGUGUACUGUGUGACGUCAAGUUAAACUUUAUUUAUAAAACACGUUUAAAGACAAUAGAUGAUGAUCCAAUGCACUGUAUAAAACAUCACAUAGCACAUUAAAUAACAUCAUAAGAUAAAGAAUAAAAAUAAGUUUUAAGGGAAGAUUUAUAUAUAGAGUCUGGGACCAACCCCAGAAAAGGCUCGAUCAUUCUCUCAGUACGACGGCGUGGGAAUGAAGUUUAAUAUGAGAUCUUAGUGUUGUGAUCUUAGAAUUGUAGCACUCUUACAAAUCCCAUGAGGUUUUUAGCAUUAGAGUUGGUGAUCAUUGCUUUAAUAAAUCAGUGAAACAGACGACUUUAAUCUGGUUUUAUUUUAAUCUGGUUUUAUUUUAAUCUGGUUUUAUUUUAAUCUGGUUUUAUUUUAAUCUGGUUUUAUUUUAAUCUGGUUUUAUUUGAAAGAAAAGUGAAACCUCUUUAAAAAAAAUCACACUUGAAAAGAAUAAAGUUCACGGCACUGUGUCUGUAAACAUUAUUUCAGUUUAUUUUGAAACCGUGGUGAGUAAGAGUCAUUGGUCAGUUGCAGUGUCAGUCCAGUGAAAGUG